AUGAAGUGCGCAACAAUUGCUCUAAUGAUAUCCGCAAUAAUGAGGUGCAGCGAUUGCACCCAUUACGAUCAAAGCCAAUCCGGCGAUUUCAAUGUUCAAGUGGGUUUGAAAGAUUUACAGAUUAUAGCACUUUUGAGCGGCGGAAAAGAGGAAUAUGUGGAUUACGAUUAUGCCUAUGAUUACAACGAAAUGACGAUAAAGCCUCAGAACCGGACGACGCCGCGGCCGUUAAACGCUUCGACCGGUACGGACACCUCUGUCGUGUCCGAUAAAACGACGUCGGCUCCGCCGGGACAGACGGACGCUCCGACAAAAGCUCCGACCGAAUCGUCCGAAACUCCGACAGACGUGACCGUUAUCGACUAUAAUACGACGAUAAAAAACUCAAUUGAUAGUUCAACAGAAGCUCUGCCGAAUAAUAGAAAUUCAACCGUUAACUCUAAUUCUACUGCGAAUGUUACGAGGUGCAAGAAAGGUUUUGUCCUAAAUUACAAAGGAGAAUGUGAGUUGAAAUUACAUGGAACGGGAAACGCAUUAUUAAAAUUAGUGAAACUAUCACAAAAACUGAAAUUGAAAAGGGAAAACAAAGACGACUAG